AUGUCAUCUGUAACUCGACUCCAUCUGUUAAGUCAGAGCAUGUUGAAUGUCAGUUGCCAGAAGCAGAAGCACUGCAGCUCACUUCCCGCUGAGUCUCUCCUUGGGAGCCCCAUGGAGUUUGUUGGACAACCGAGUCUUUCUGAGGCCUGCAGCCUCCUCGGAGUGCCAGGCCUCAGCUCAGUGGAUGUGGAUGUGGACGAUGACGAGGGGGACAUUGUGAUCGGCAUCAGGCCCAAGUCUUCUCCUCUCCCCCGAAGAAAGAGCUCUCUCAGUGACGAGGACUCGGAGCCCGUGCCGCCCCUUUGUGGUUCCAGGAGGGUGUCGUUCGCAGACUCAAAAGGCCUUGAGUUGGUGCAAGUGAAGGAGUUUGACAUUUGGGAUGUACCCAAGCUGCCAGACUAUGAUUCUAGUGAAGGCAGAGAGAAAGAUUCAGAGGAAUACUUCAUAUCUCCCUUCAGUUUCUCACUUCCGUUGUCUACUGAGGAGCUGUUCACCAGAGUCCGGGAUCAGAAACUGGAGUUAGAGACCAUCGAGUUACUUCCAGGGACCACAACACUGAAAGGAGUGAUCCGUGUACUCAACGUCUCCUUUGAUAAGGCGGUGUACGUCCGAACCACUCUGGACUCCUGGUCCACCCAUUUUGACCUCCUGGCAGAGUACAUCCCUGGUUCCAGUGAGGGUCUGAUGGACUGUUUCUCAUUUAAACUCACUUUAGUGCCCCCGUUUGGGGAGCAGGGGGUCAGGGUGGACUUCUGUUUGCGAUAUGAGACUACGCUUGGGGCGUUCUGGGCCAACAAUAACGGCAGGAACUACAUACUGUUCUGUCAUCAAAGAGCUAAGGAGGAGAUUAAAAAACCACAUGGGGAAAAUGUGAAGAAGAAAAGCUGCCUUAAGAUCGUUGGUCAAAACUUCUCCUCUCUGGAAGACAUUUCAGCAAUGGAAGCUUCAUCAUGUCAGGAAACUAACAAAACAGAUGUGUCCAAACGAGAAGAGGAAGCAGAGACUCUGAAGGCAAAAGACGUUUUUGACGAUCAGUCGGGAGCAUCGGAGGAAGAUGGUCAGAAACUGACGAAGAGCAGACGGAACUGCAGCCGGAGAAGUCGCAGAAAGGCUGCACGCAUGGCCCGAGUGAGGGACUACUUUUCUCAAAGAAAUGGAGCAGCUGACUCCAAGGAAGAUGAAUCCCUUUCAGAAGCACAACAGGUAGAUCAAGAAGAUCAGCACUCAGAUGUAAACUCACUCUCUGAGGAGAGCAGCGGCGCAGAAGACUCUCAGUACGUCUCUAGAGACGUGGGAAUAAGCAGUGAGCCCCUCAUUGAUGUCCUACAGGGACAUGACUACACCUCAAGUAACCAGACAGAGACAUCUGAGAGCAUUGGUCUGGCUGACUCAUCCACAUUAACAGGAGGUGAGAGUGCCUCAGAUAUCCCAGACAACAUGUUGCAUUCAAUUCCUGCUUCUGCUGAGCUUAACAACACCAACAAGUCUGUCUCUACAGCUGAGGGAAGCACUCAGAAGGACAACUCUGCAGCUGAAGCACAGGACGGUUUAGAUUCAGCGGUGAGCAGUGACAGCCUUGUUAGCCCGUCCAACAGCUUCACAUUUGGGACUGUGGUGGCUCCACUGUAUCGUCAGGCGUUUGGCAGAGCAGGAACAGAAAGUCAGAGCUCAGCUGAUGAAGGAAAUUCAGUAAAAGCUACACCGAACAUUGAAGACAGAGAAACCAGAUGCACUGUUCCUACAGAUACCAGUGAUAGCAUCAACACAACUAAGGGAAAUGUGAACAAGACUCUUGAAUCAUCAAACAAAGAAAGCUUAGAUCUCAUAAAAGAGGAAGAAACAAGUUUCAGUGCGACACCAAAUGACAUCCUGGACAAUCCAGAGAGUCUGCAGGUUACAGAUGAGCUCAAACAUUCAAAUCAAACAUGCACAAAUGCUUCUGAGGUUCCCAAAAUGAUUUCAGCACAUCCAAACACUGUCAGCGUUCUAAGUGCAGAUGUGUUGGAUAAACUAAUAUUAGCUGAGAGUUCAGAUCUCCAGGGAGAAGCACAGGAAAAGAAAGUGACCCAUGACCCCCAGAGCCAAACCACAGCAGAAAAAGCAGAGGAUGAACCGUCAGAGCAAACAUGCACACAAGUUCAAACUGGUCCACAUGAAACACAUGCACAAAGUUUAGAUACUUCUCUUAAAUCUUCUCAGAGCGAAUCAGGGCGUGUUGGUAAUGAGACAGAGCAACACACCUGCAGCAGUGGUGAGAAAGAAGAAGGUGAUAUACGCAAAAUAGUAACUGAAUCAACAACUAUAGUCACAUCAGGGGAAGAUACAGUUUUAGAAGCUUUUUUAGAAGCUGCCAAAGAUACUUUAGAAAGCUCUGAGUCUUGUUUGGAGACGUUGAAAGGAAAGGAUGACACAGCACUUCAGGUAUCUCUUAAAACUCAGGAAAAAACUUAUCAUGAGGAAGGAGUGAAAGAACAGGCAAACAGCUCCCACAUGGUAGAUGAGUCAGUAAUGAUGAUGAGGGAUGAUUGCAUAUAUGGUGACGUGACUGAAGAGCUUCAAGAUGAAGACAAAGACACACUGAAACAAGAAGAAACAAAGCAUCUUGAUCUAGCAGACUUUUGUUCAUCUGAGGUUAAAAACUGGGAAAUGAUGGUUGAGGAAGAGGAGAUAAGCAUUUUGACAGAUGAAGAGGAAAUCUGUAUACAAGCAGGGGACAUUGAGGCAGUAGAAGAAGACCACAUAGAACAGUUUGAGGAUGUAGGGAGAGAGAUUAUAUCAGAAAAUAGAGAUACGUCAGAGAAGGAGGGAGAGAAAACAGAUGAUGAAGUUGUGCAGGAGAUAACACAAAAAAGAGAAGCUGAAGCUGCAGAUAUUUCAGAAGACGAGCAGAGGAUCAGAGAGGAAAAGGAGGAGGAAGGUGUUAGAGUUCAGGCCAAUAAGAUGAGAGAGAGAGAUGGAGAGAAAGAGCUGACAGAGAGGACUGAUGUAGGGACAAGAGAUGAUCAUAAGGUGAGAGAACAAGACUUUACAAAGUUCCAGGAUGUCACUUUUAAAAGGAGAACUUUCCGUAAGGGAGAGGCGAUAGAGAGAAUUGAAGAAAUACACCUGAGCACUGAGGAUGAAGCAGGUGUAAAGAUUGAUGAGGUGAAACAAAUGCUGGAAAAUGAAGAAGAGAAGAAUCCAGAUAAAAAGAAUAUCCCAUUCAGCGCUGCAGAUGAUGAAGGGUCAGACAGCGUGAAAACAGAGGACAGAGAAAAUGAAGCUGUGUGUUUUGAAGAGAGGUCAGAAAGUACACAAAACAAGGUCGAGGAUGGUUUAUCUGCUCUGGUGAACAAUGUGCAGGAGGGAAGAGUUAAUGGAACAGAAAAUACUGGAGAAGUUCAACAUGCACACAUCCAGACUAAAACAUACACAGAGGGAGAUUUUCAAACCCACGAGACCAUUACAUGUGAUUCAUCCAAAGCCGAUAGAGACGAGGAGGAGAGCACCUUUGCAGAUGGAGGUUCAUACAUUUCUGACGACACACAUGACAUCGACAGAACAAGUCACGACGGCGCUUCAUCUGAGUCAGACUCGGAUGACGAGGUGGAGCUGUACAUGCACUGUCUGAGGGCUGUUCACACUGGGGCGCAGGCCGGCAAAGACAGGAACAAAGACACAGGAUUCAGUGUGGGCAGACGAUCGUCUAUCAACAGAGGCAAACUGCUGUCCACACCCAUGCCCUCCAUCAGUGAGUCUGUGGAUGAGGAUCAAAACAUCAGCUGCCUUCAGGAUAACGUUGAGGACAUGGAGACAACCGACUUCCAAUCUGUGGCAGCACCUCAACCUGCAGAAAGUGAACAGGACAUGAACAGAAAGCUUUCCUGGUGGAGAGAGACUUUUUCCUGCAGAAAUAUUGGGAAAGCAUUUCUCUACGUUGCUUUGUUCCUGUUUUUUUUACUUGUGGCCUACCAUUAUGAUUUUAUGGCUUGUUUUGGGCUCUAUUUGAUGUCUUUGGUUUGGCUCUGGUUUCAAGGAGAGAGGCAGGCGGUUAAAAACAGCAAGAAUAGGUUGAAUUAAAAUGUGCUGGUUGCAUGGCACCCACAAAGGUCUGUAGGGUUAGUAGACUUUAAAUCCCUGUUUUUACUACACUUUUCUACAUUGGAUAUUUCCCUAUAUCUGAAAAAAACCACACUGUCAAAGUAAGUAGUAACAGUCGAAUAGAAGAAAAGUAGAAGAAUAAAAAAAAAAAAACACGAUGGGCAUUAAUGUGAAGCACAUAUGACACAUAUCAGAAUAAAGUCUCUAUAUUCCCUAUGGGAGGACGCUAACUCUCUGUUAUCAAGAGUAUAAGCCAGGUAUCAUGCUUUAAUGUACAUAAAAGCACAGUGUGCACUCAGGCUACGGACCAUUACUCACGCUGAUCACCCCCGCACAGCGCUGCAUAUGAAUCUUAUUGCAGGUGUAAAUAAAAGUUGUCAGUGUGUUGUGUGUAUGUGUGUAGGUUGCAUUUA